CUUCCUCUCGCGGUCACCGUCACCGUCUCUAGGGUUUCCACCAUGGAUCUCCUACGAGGCUACACAGAAGGCGACGACGACAACGACGGACCCGAAGAGAUGUCACGAGGAGGAGGAGGAGAAGGAGAGAGUUUGGAAUCCGCCGCAGCGACGGAGGGGGAGGGGGAGGCGGAGGGCUCUUCGUCGCCGGACUCUUCCCCUCCGCGCCUGCCAGCGAAGUCCUCCGCCCCCCGCGUGGACGACACCACCCUGGCCCUUGCCGCUGCCGAAUCGGCCCGCGCCAUCCACCGACCCCUCGAUCCGGCGCAGCAUGCGGUGGCCUUCAACCCCACCUACGAUCAGCUCUGGGCGCCCAUCCACGGCCCCGCCCACCCCUUCGCCAAGGACGGCGUCGCCCAGGGCAUGCGCAAUCACAAGCUCGGCUUCGUGGAGGACGCCGCCAUCCAGCCUUUCCUCUUCGACGAGCAGUACAACACCUUCCACAAGUACGGCUACGCCACGGACCCCUCCGGCCUCUCCUACGUCGGCGACCUCGAAACCCUAACCAAGAACCAGGCCCUCUCCGUCUACAACAUGCCCCAGCAGGAACAGAAACGGCGGCGCCUCCAGAUGAAAGCGCCCGACGCCGAAGAAGCUGACCCUUCCGCAGCAGGGCCUGAGGUUGAGAACCCCUCGUCUGACGAGUGGCUCCUCAAGAAUCGAAAAAGCCCGUGGUCCGGGAAGAACGAGGUCGUCCAGGGCGAGCUCACGGAGGAGCAGAAGAAGUACGCCGAGGAGCACGCGGAGAAGAAGGCCGAGAAGGAGCGAGGAGAAGGGCGGGCUGGAAAUAAAGCAGAGCAUUCAGACAAGAGCACAUUCCACGGGAAGGAGGAGCGUGACUACCAGGGUCGUUCAUGGAUCGAGCCGCCCAAGGAUGCGAAGCCUAAGAACGACCACUGCUACAUCCCAAAACGUUGGGUUCAUACAUGGAGCGGCCACACCAAGGGUGUCGCGGCAAUACGAUUCUUUCCGAAGCAUGGCCACCUUCUACUCUCGGCUGGUAUGGACUCGAAGGUCAAGAUAUGGGAUGUGUUCAAUUCUGGUAAGUGCAUGCGGACAUACAUGGGCCACUCGAAGGCGGUUCGCGACAUCUCCUUUUCAAUUGAUGGUACCAAGUUCUUGAGUGCUGGGUAUGACAAGAACAUCAAAUAUUGGGACACUGAGACGGGGAAGGUCAUCUCCACCUUCUCCACUGGGAAGGUUCCCUACGUAGUGAAGCUUAAUCCAGAUGAAGACAAACAGAACAUUCUUCUUGCAGGAAUGAGUGACAAGAAGAUUGUACAGUGGGACAUGAAUUCGGGUACAAUCACACAAGAGUAUGAUCAACAUCUAGGAGCAGUUAAUACCAUCACUUUUGUUGAUAAUAAUCGAAGGUUUGUUACUUCUAGUGAUGAUAAGUCACUUCGGGUAUGGGAGUUUGGGAUUCCAGUUGUUAUAAAGUACAUCAGUGAGCCUCACAUGCAUUCCAUGCCUUCAAUCUCGCUUCAUCCUAAUUCAAAUUGGUUGGCUGCUCAGAGCUUGGAUAAUCAGAUACUUAUAUACAGUACGAAGGAGAGGUUUCAGCUGAAUAAGAAGAAGAGAUUUGCAGGCCACAUUGCAGCAGGGUAUGCUUGUCAGGUGAAUUUUUCUCCGGAUGGACGUUUUGUUAUCUCAGGAGAUGGAGAAGGGAAGUGUUGGUUUUGGGACUGGAAGAGUUGCAAGGUCUUUAGGACGUUGAAAUGUCAUGAAGGAGUGUGCAUUGGAUGUGAGUGGCAUCCAUUGGAGCAGAGCAAGGUUGCAACUUGCGGAUGGGAUGGCAUGAUCAAAUAUUGGGAUUAAUUCCUGUGGCAGCGUGAAAAUUUGCUGGUUGGGUACAACAUCAUGACGACGUUGGAAGGCGUGCAUAUGCUGUUCGAAAAUAACUGUCACUUCUGUACGAAUCCAAAGGCGCAUGCAUUCUCCAGCUUCGAAGUUGUGGACCUUCUGGUCAUGACAAACUGGUAUUGCAACAAUUGUGAUGCAAUAGCUUCCCAGCAGAAUGUUGAGGUCUUAUGAACAAUGGGACUCUUGUAUUUUAUGUAAGCUUGUUUCCGAGGUCUCCUUUUUGUCGGAAGACAAUUACGCUGAUUUAUUCUCUGUUCAUGAAAUUUUAGGAAGAAGUUUGUCAGCAACAUCCUGGCUGUCGAGGAAACGUGACUAACAUUCUAUUAUACUCAUAUUAUGCAGCUCUGAUACUUCCAACGGAAAUGAAACUCGAGUUGUCUCAUGGUAA